GGUCAUGCUGUGCGUUCAAUACAAUGUAAAGUUGCGUUGUUUUCGGGCUGGUUUGCUAAAGAGGCUAAUGUAGCUAACAAUAAACGACUAGCCAAUUUCAUGCCACAAUCACAAAGACGAACAGGAAUGCUAUGAAUGCUCCGAGACCUGAUGUGACAUCCAACGGGCAACUCGGAAGGCUGGCGUCCGAGGAUUCAGGAACGCAUCCUCUCCCCGACACGUGCAAACUUUUCUGAUUGGUUGUUGGGAUGUCGUCAGGUUCCUGCAUAUAAAAUGAGGAACGUUUUGGUUACCGGUGGGUGGUCCCAAAUGCGAUAAGAUGCAUUUUGUUUUCACGGAUCAACGGCCGCCUUGGAAAAUCAUGUCCUGUUCUUGGCAGAGCGCUUUAAUAGUGAUCACAUUGUACUCUUGAAUGCAGAUAUUAAUGUGAUAGCCAGUUGCAACCCAAAUGUUUUUAUUAUUCGUGGUUUCCAUUACUACAAAACUGGUUUCUGCAGCCCUAAGGUAGCCCUUGUUGCUCUGUAUUGACCUCUACUUCCUAUCAGGUGUAAACAGUGUCCAUGCUGGUGACAGGACCACAGCGGGCAGUGCGCACAACCCGGCCGCAGCCUGUUUCCAAACAGAACACUGCCAGUUUAAAUUCUUAACUUGUUUUUUUUUAUAGAGUUCAUGAGUAUGAAAGAUUUUAUAGAGUAGCCUACAUGAGUGCAACACAAGUUCCGACCGUGAUCCGAUAUUCUCCCCGGUCUCCUCGCGCACUUCCUUGAUAACAUCCCAGCUUGUUGUUGAUUCGUUGUGACUUGGUUGUCGUCACGUUGAAAGCGACAUCGAACUGCUUAAGUUAUAUUUAAGCAUUAAGUUGUUCCUAGUAAAGGACGUUACUUGUCGGCGGUGUAGCCAAAUUAGCUGAAUUGCUAGUAAGUUUUGAAACUAACUAGGGAUUUCAAAGUGGAGUACUUUACGCACAGGCGUGGUGACUUACGCAUAGCUGUUGCAGCGCCCGCCGUCACACCCACUUACCUACUGUUCUAUGCUGGAUAAUGCUGGAUAAAGAGUUUAGUUUCCCGUCAGGGACCAUGGACAUAAAAACUCCUAAUGCUCGCUCUCCCAAACCUCGUUGAGGAUCCACAAUCGCUCCUUCGUCUAGUGUUGGUUUUCUCAUAGAAAUCAGCAUGUUGAAGAGUCAGCCUCCCACCAAAAAUGCCAAGGAGAAGAGCAACAGCGCCACCCUACUGGCCACACAUGGUGACUGGGACAAAGAAGGAUGUGGGAGGAUCUUAGAAGGCUGCAGCUCAGAGAAAGAUUCGGGCUACUCUGACAACGGGUCUGACCAGCAGCACACGGAUGCAGGGUUGCUACGACGCAUCGUCACAGGCCAGUCCGGCCCCAAGGGUUACGGUGAAGUGCCGAGGCAGUGUCCUGUCCAGCUCCCCAGCCAGGGCCCGCCUCAUCAGGCCCCACGCCGCACGGAGACCGAUGCUCUGAUGCUACCAGGGAGCGAUCGUGUCAGCCCAGUCUAUAUCAUACAGAACCCGAUGCCCCACCAGGAGAGGUCCACAGUCCACAAGGCGGAUGUGAAACCUAUGAUGUGGACAAACCCCAAAGAUGGGUCUGGCGGCGCCAGCCCCGGCCAGGUGCUGCUAGUACAGCAGACCAGCCUGGCUCCAUCCCGGCCGCCUCUCACCAAGCACCGCAACAAGUCCCAAACCCGCAUGGUUCUGGGCACGGGGAGGCGAAAACCCACCUUCCUCCGCAUCGCCCCACAUCCCAGCAAGACAUCCCCGGAGAACAACUCACCGAGCCCGGGCCUGAGACGUCCCAGCAAGCGGGUGUUGUGUCCCGAGCUCAAGAGAGACGAGCCUGCAUCUGCAGCCAGCAGCUCCCGCCCGCCGCGUACCCCUUCCUCCUCAUCUGCCUUGCGAGCGACCAAAGGGACCAUCCCCGCCGGCGCGGCCUGCUACCGCCGCUUCCUCCACACCGUGAAGGCCCUGAAGCAGUCGGGUCUGCUGGACAUCACCCUGCGCACCCAGGAGCUCAUGCGUCGGAGCACGGCCACUGAGCGCGACAUCGCCCAGCUGAGCCAGCACACCCGCCUGCUGAGUCAGCUGGCCGGCCAACCGGGCGCCGCUAGCCAGGUGUCGGACGGACACGCGCCGUGGGAGAGGCUUCACCGGGCCAUGGCCCAGUCAGGUGGCUACCCCAGCCUCAAGGUCCCGCACCGUGAGCCCCACUCACCGAGUCGCGACGGCGAUCUCCCCGUCUCCCCCUCAUCCUCCCCCACGCUCCCGCCCGGCCCGAGCCAGAACACCACUGGUUCUGAACCCUCCGGGAAAGUCAGCUUCAUGCCUCCUGACAGUUCUACGGGUUAAGAAGUCUUCAGCGUCAGGGUGGAGCAUUGGUCUAAAACCCUUUGGUAAAGGUUAUGUUCCCGGGGCUAAAUGGGCUUGGUUAUUUUUGUACAUCGGUCCAAUUUGACUGUAAGACUGUAAAACAGUAGCUUUAAAAGCAAGUAGCUUUAAAGGCCAUUGUAAAUGGCUGUUGUUCUGUCUCAUGGCUUAGAGCUCCUUUCUCUUUUUGAAAGAGAAAUGAUUUGUAUUGGCCAAAGCAGAGAUGUGGCCUUGGUGCCAACUUUUAUUAAAUCAAUGCCUUAAAGAAAAGCUGAAGAUAGUCUGGUUAGCCGAUAAAAGAAUAAUGAUCUGAAUAAUCCAAGGGAUUUCCUAAGGGUUGUCUGCACCCCAAAUUCACAUGAGAUGCAGAGACUAUUGUGCCUUUAAAAUCACUAUAGCAAUCAUUAAAUAAGUCAUCCGUGUGGUUGACAGAGGUGUUAUUUUUAUAGAGGGGAGAUGACGAUACUACACUUGUUGCCUUCCGAGGCAUGACUCAGAAGGCAACUUGAUAAGGUGGUCAUGGAAAAGGAAAUGUGUGCAACAGAAAACUCUGGUAAAUUGUAUGUUGCAUCGAUGUAUGCCAAGACUGAGCCUUGAAAGUUCUAACUUAUUUAUUUGUCGCCCAUAAAAUGUUAUGAUUUGGGCACAUGCUAAAUUAAAUGUAUGUAUUCGUGAAGUCCAGAUGUUUGCGUUAAUCACAACAAGGUUUUGCAUAUUUAUACACACAUUUCGGUGUAUUGGUAAUUGUGGCCAAACCAAUUUUUUUUUGGGUUCAAUAAUUGACUAUGCUAAACUAUUACUUUUCAUAACAUUUUGUGGUCACAAAGAUGAGACUUUUUUAACUGACCUUUUUUUACUUACUCUAAAUGACCUACACUUUUGCACCAUAUGCCUUCAAAUGCUGAUAAUACAGGAACUCAAUCAAUAUGACCUGAAUGAAAGCCUUAAUAAACUGGAGUGAAGUGACAUUAUGACCAUCCUUCAAUACUAAAUAAAUAUUAUAUUUAAUUUAUUAAUGAAA